CUCUUCUUCGCUCAGCGCCGCUAUACUCACUCUCGGCAAAAAAAAAGUUCCUCAGAAGCAAACAAAUCUUCAAUUGUUAAACCCUAAACCUACAAAAGUCUUGACUUUGUUUGUUGCUCAUCUUCGUUCUUCUCUCUCGAUUAAAUUCGUUCCGAGAAAGUUAGGUCCCGUUUCUAAACAAUGAUAACUGCAGUGUCAUGGAUACCAAAAGGGAAUCUAAAAGCUGUUCCUGAUGUUGCUGAGCCUCCGUCAAAGGAAGAACUUAAAGAGCUCAUUGAGAGUGGUGCUUUUGCAAGAAACGUGGAAGGUAGUAACGAGGAUGAAGAAGAAGAGAUUGAAGAAGAUGGAGAAGAGAUAAGUGAAGUUGAUCAUGCCAAGGCUGUAGCUGAAGCUUUGGGUAAAUCUUCUAAAAGCAAGGCUGUUUCUUCUUCAAUGGAGGUUGAUGAGGUUUCUCAAGGAUUGAAAGAACUUGACAUGGAUAAUUAUGAUGAAGAGGAUGAUGAAAUUGAACUUUUCAGUUCUGGAAUGGGGGAUCUUUAUUAUCCAAGUAAUGAGAUGGAUCCAUAUCUGAAAGAUGUUGAUGAUGAAGAUGAUGAAGAGGAUAUUGAUGACACGACAGUCAAGCCGACCGAUUCGGUGAUUAUUUGUGCUAGGAAUGAAGAUGAUGUUAGCCAUCUAGAGGUUUAUUUAUACGAGGAAUCGUCUGGCUCUCCAAACAUGUAUGUUCAUCAUCACAUAAUUAUACCAGAAUUCCCAUUGUGUACUGCAUGGCUUGAUUGUCCUCUUAAAGGAGGGGAAAAAGGGAAUUUUGUAGCUAUUGGUUCAAAGGAUACACCGACAAUCGAGAUAUGGGAUCUUGACGUUAGGGACGAGGUGCUACCUUGUAUACAACUAGGAGGAAUAGAGGAGAUGAUAGUGAGUAAGAAAAAGAAGAGCAAGAAACAGAAACCGAAAUUCAAAGAAGGUAGCCAUACUGAGUCAGUACUUGGUCUUGCUUGGAACAAGGAGUUUCGGAACAUACUUGCUAGUGCUAGUGCCGACAAAAAAGUUAAGGUCUGGGAUGUGGCUACUGGGACGUGUAAGAUUACUAUGGAGCAUCACACAAAGGAGGUUCAAGCGGUUGCUUGGAACCAUUAUGCUCCAGAAGUGCUUCUCAGUGGGUCGUUUGAUCAAACUGUUGUCAUGAAAGACGGAAGACAACCUUCACACUCGGGUUUCAAAUGGUCUGUCAUGUCUGAUGUCGAAAGCUUAGCCUGGGAUCCUCAUUGCGAACACUCCUUUGUGGUAAGUCUUGAAGAUGGAACCGUGAAGGGUUUUGAUAUACGUGCUGCACAGUCAGGUUCAGAUUCUGAUUUAAACCCAACUUACACUAUCCAAGCACAUGCCCAAGACAGAGGAGUCUCCUCCAUCUCAUACAACAUUUCUACACCCAAUCUUUUGGCUACGGGGUCUAUGGAUAAAUCGGUAAAGCUUUGGGAUCUUUCAAACAAUGAACCUUCAUGCAUUGCUACACACCAACCAAAUGCUGGAGCUGUGUUUUCCAUUUCCUUUGCGGUGGACAACCCUUUCUUGCUUGCUAUUGGUGGCUCAAAGGGAGAGCUACAUGUUUGGGAUACACUGUUGGAUGCUAAUGUCGCUCGCAAAUAUGGGAGCAAUAGAUCUUGAAAAGACCCGCAAGGAUAACUUGUCUCUUUGAAGCUGUGAUGGUUGUUAGAUUCGAUCACACUCAUGCCAAAUUUUGCGCUUUCUUUUCUUCUUUUUCUUUAGGCUUGUUUUAUCUCUCAUAUGAUUAUGGUUAUAUCGUGUAAGGGUGUGUGAGCUUAUAUGUUGAAAUCCUAAAACUACUGGGAGAGCCUUUUUCAACUUAUCAUGAAUCUAUAGCUGUUGUGCUUUAAAUAAACAUUUAUCAAAUUGUAUUCAUCUUUUAACUCCGCAAAGUGAUAUAAAAUUCUUCUUACGAAAUUUCUUUAAAUA